AUGGACGACUUCAAUCACUUCUGGUCGCAAAACUAUGGCCAAUACCUUACUUCAACCGCGCUACCUGAUCCCGUGCCUAUGACUCCAUCGUCCGAGGCCCGGGAUGAUUGCCUGAGAAAAUUAGGCAUUCUUCAAGCCGGUGUUGUUGCCGAUCUUGAGACUGUCAAGUGCUGCAUUACUGCCGAUAAGUGCCCCGAGGCACUUAAUUCAUCGGGAUUAAACCCUGUCACGAGUCAAAAUGUCAUGAUCGGGCGGAUCCUUGUGCCAGCUCUGCGCCGUUUGAAUUGA